UUUUAUUUAAGUUGUAGUUUAGUAAGUUUAGUCAAGAAACGCGAUUCGCUUAAGAUUGUUGUGCAUUGCUUAGCUUUCACAUUCCAAAAUAAAUUAAAUUGCCUUUACUUAGUUCUGGUUCUAGUUGUUUGUUUAUAAGAUGAGUUUGCCCGAAGUAUACAUCGUUGCUGCCGCCCGCACUCCAAUAGGUUCUUUCAAUGGCACGCUUUCCAAGCUGAAAGCAUCAGAUUUGGGUAGCAUUGUGAUCGGAGAAGUUCUCAAAAGGUCCAACACCGAAGCUACCGAUGUUAAUGAAGUUAUAUUCGGACAGACCCUUACUGCUGGACAAGGUCAAAAUCCAGCCAGGCAGGCAUCACUCAAGGCUGGUCUUCCUCUCGAUGUGGCUGCCUAUGGCAUAAACAUGCUCUGUGGUUCAGGCUUGAAGUCUGUUGUUCUGGGCUAUCAAUCGAUACGGUCAGGUGAUUCUUCUAUUGUCGUAUGUGGUGGACAAGAAAGUAUGUCGAAGGCCCCCCAUGUCAUGCAUAUGCGCGACGGCAUUAAAAUGGGACCUGGAACAUUUCUCGAUACUAUGUUGAAUGAUGGCCUAACCGAUGCAAUGUUCAACAUUCACAUGGGUGUAACGGCAGAAAACCUAGCCACUCAGUAUGGCAUUAGCCGAGCCGAACAAGAUGAAAAUGCAGUUCGUUCCCAGAACACAGCACAGGCUGCACAAGAAAAUGGUUAUUUUGAUAAGGAAAUUGCACCUGUGGAAAUUAUUGAUCGCAAAGGCACCAUUGUAUUUGAUAAAGAUGAAUACAUUAAGAAGGACGUAAAACUUGAGUCUAUUGCAAAAUUGAAACCAUUUUUUGUCGAAAAUGGAACUGUAACACCAGCAAAUGCAUCUGGAGUCAAUGAUUCAGCUGCUGCUGUUCUUCUUAUGUCCGAUGUGGAAAUCAAGAAACGUGCCCUAAAACCCCUUGCGAAAAUUGUUGCUUGGUCACAGACUGGUUGUGAUCCUACAGUGAUGGGCAUUGGACCCGUGAAAGCAGUUCAAUCAGUUUUGGCUAAAGCUGGAUGGACCAAGGAGGAAGUUGAUCUGUACGAAUUGAAUGAAGCAUUCUCCGCUCAAGCCUUAGCCGUUCUCAAGUGCCUCGAAAUUGACCCCAGUAAAGUAAAUAUAAACGGUGGAGCCAUAGCAUUGGGUCAUCCAAUUGCUGCCUCAGGUACUCGAAUUCUUGUCACCCUACUGUAUGCCCUAGAACGAACUGGAGGAAAGAAGGGUAUCGCCAGUUUGUGUAUUGGAGGAGGCAUGGGCAUUGCCAUGGCUGUCGAACGUAUUUAAAUAUUGUUACACAUAAAACAUCUUUCUAUUAACAUAACAAUAAAAUAUAUUUAUUCAAAAUUA